AUGUUCAUCUCAAUUCAAACGAUAUGCACGUGCCAUGGCUAUCUACUUUUCGAAUCACUUCAUUGUGAACGUUGCCGAUCAUUGAUACCGUUUCAAUUAACAGAUGAAUCAUUACUUGAUCCUGUUGCAACAAAUAAUAUUAGUGAUGGUAUUGGUAUUGAUAGUCAAGGGAAACCACCACCAGGCAUGCUCGUACCCUAUCAAAAACAGCAGCAAAAAUCAACGACAACAGGUCGUGUACGUCUUCGAGCACUUUGCCCAUUUUGUAAUAGUUCAACAUUUGUUAUCCGAUAUUAUUGUAAGCGUGAACGACUCUAUUAUCAUUUACGCAUACAAAAUUGCGGUGAAAAUGAAGAGAUUAUCUAUAGAUCGAUUGCUGAUAGUCAAAAUAUAAUCAGUGUAGAUGAGUAUGGUAUCAAACGUGAUCAACCUGAAGGUUCAAUAGCUGAGACAACCGAUGAUUCAUACUCUGUGUCUGGUUCAACAUCUUAUCACACUCCAUCGACCUCGAUCUACGAUCAAAAUGGUUUACCAACGUCACGAGAUGCUCUAAAUGAAAACGAACGACAUAUUCAUGGUUUGAAUGAUUUAGAAGGAGAUCUGUUCAGUGUGCUGAGAAAUGGUCUAUUCUAUGAUACACUAAUUCAAUGUCAGGAUGACGUAAAAAUUCAAGUGCAUCGAUGUAUUAUUGGUGGGCGUUCACCCUGGUUUCGUCACUUAAUUGGCGAGUACCACGAAUCGAAUACGAACGAUGACUAUGUUCUACAAAUCAGUAUUGAUGAUAUUCAUUCCGAUGUUAUGAAUGAAAUUCUGAAUUUUAUGUACACUAAUCGUUGUCUGAUUACGCUUCAAAAUGCUCCUGACUUAAUCAUCGCAGCUAAACGAUUCGAACUAGACAAAUUGAAAAAGCAAAUAGCAGACUUUCUUCUCUACCGUCUUACGGUUGAAAAUGCGAUUGAAAUGUUAAUAUGUGCACAUGAAGCAGGUUCCGAAGCAUUGAAAUUGGCUUGUAUACGAUUGAUCAAUCGACACGCUGAGAAAAUCAAACGCACAGAAAAAUGGAAAACGUUCAAAACACAAUACGUUGAUCUCGUACCAGAACUGUACGAGAAUCGAGUGGAACAUCCAACACCGACACGACCAGCAUAUUUGCCAGAUGUGUUUAAUGGACCAGCUACCGCAUCCGAUAGUCUUCGUUCAUUAAGUCAAUUAUAUGAGAAUCCAGUACAAAAACGAAUAACAACACCUACACGCCGUGUCUUACCUCCUCCAUUCAAAUCAAGACAAACAGGACCACCGUCGAUAUUAAAAUCGGUUCGAUUAGCACCAUCGACCGAUCCAAACUCAGUCGAGAUGCCAGCUGUAGGUUUUUAUACGCAACGGAACGAUUCGGACCUGUCAUCGAUCAUCGAUCGAGAAAGUCCGACGAGACAACCAAAGAUGAACAACAGCAAUCGACGACCCAUUCCACCAAUUACACGUAGUACUCCACCAAAUAAUCGACAGAAUUCUGAUGUUAUUGAUACUUUUCGUCGUCCGGUGAAUGUGCAUGAACCGAGCCGCACAAUGCCCGUCAUUCACCAUCGUACAGGCAACAAUCCUCACCAAAUAAGAAUACCAACGCCACCGCCAGGCAAAACCAAUUCUUUGAAACGUCCAAUCAUACCUAAUCCAAACGAUCAUAUGACAUCAACACGAAUCGUAGAUAUAGAACCUCUUGAAUAA